AUGGAGCUAAAGCUAUGCAUUAAGGAGAAUAUAAUUCUCAAACCUUUCAAACAGUUUAAAAGACAGACUAUUGAACUCUCUGGUUUGGACAGGAUAUCUCCUUCCAUUCUCUACACUGUCUUCUUUUAUAAUUCUCAGUUGAUUAAUGAAUCAUUUACGCAGGAUGAAGGUCCUGUUGAGAGAGCCAAAACAGCUCUUCAGAAAGUGCUGAUUCCUUGGUAUCCAGCUGCAGGGAGGUUUAGAAUCAGCGAAGCCUCGGGGAAGCUAGAAAUUGACUGCAACAACGAAGGAGUCAUCCUGAUAACUGCUGUGACUGAUUCCAAGCUUGAGGAGCUUGGAAGGCUGCAUGAAUACAAGAGUUGCUAUGAAAACCUGGUUCCUAAGUGCCCUGAAGCCACUGAUAUUUCACAAAAUCCAAUUGCAGUUGUUCAGAUAACAAAGUUUGCUUGUGGAGGGUUUUCGAUUGGCUUUGGUAGCAGCCAUGCUUUGUUUGAUGGCAUAGGCGCAUUUAACUUUCUUGCAUCUUGGGCUCAAAUAUCAAACGGGAAAGAUGAGUCUGAACUUAUGGUGCCUAACCAUUCAAGAGAUGCCCUGCUAAGUGCCAUCUAUUCUCCCAAUUCAAGCCCCACGGCUGCUUCAAUAUAUGAACAGGACCAUAUUACAGCUAUUCAAGAUCUCUAUGGAAUACCUAUGCAAGCCAUGGCCUCAGAUGACAGAUGUUGGGGAACUGCCCUGGCAAAGUUCAGCCAGGUUGAUCCUCAAGUUGGGCUAGAACUCGUUACUCUAGGCAUGAAGAAGGAAACUGUAGAGACAUGGAAAGGACAAGCAAUUGAAAAGGGCAAGCUUUCCAAGUGCUCAACGUUUGAUGUUUUAUGUGCACAUGUUUGGAAGGCAAGAGUGAAGACUCUGAGUUUAGAGGCAAACACAAACAUCUGUUUGCAAUUCCCAGUUGAUGCUCGGAGCAGGCUUCGACCCCCACUUGGUGAAAACUUCACAGGUAAUGCCUUUGUUCUUGCCUCGGUGUCAUGUUCGGUGAAACAGCUGCUAGAAGAACCUCUGCACGACACAAUCCGAAAAAUCCAAGCAGCAAAAGAUGAGAUUACCAAUGAAUAUAUCAAAUUGUAUGCAAGGGCUCUCGAGGCCUCGGAUAAGUUUUUCCCCUCCAUGCGAGAACUAACCAUUGUGUCUGAUUGGUCGAGGUUUCCUUUCCAUGCUCUUGAUUUCGGAUGGGGAAAGGUUUCCAAUGCAGCCAUCUUAGCAACUCCUGUCCCGGAUACCGCUUUUCUAAUGUUGGACCUUGAAGAACCUGGCGGGUUCCUAGUUCGAAUUGGUAUUGGGAGACAAUAUGUGCAUGAUCUUAUCACCAACUUCAGUAACCUAAACUACAUAUAGAUGAGUCAGUCCAUCAUGAUCAUGAGAGUUCCCAUCAAAAUGGUUGAAGUAAUUUACAUAGGUUGUUGCUUGUAUUGUUAAUUAUGUUGUGAUCAGUUGAGUGGUUUGU